UGCGGGACGUGGGCAGCAAAAGACAUGCCAACCACCCAAUAUUUAUCGAACAGAGAUGAAGUCACGCCACCAUUGCUUUUUAUAGAGUCAUGGCUUCUUCUUCCUUCACCAUCGUCUGACCUCUUCCAAUGAAGCCUCAUGCCUACAGGCUUCGGAUUUGGGGCUACCAUCAUGCACACGGCAAUCCCAGGACACUUCUCUUCUCCAUCCUCCUCAUCUUGUUGGUGCUUGCCAUCAUCUCCUGUUGCAACCAGCCUCCCCUACCCUCGUACAACGAUGAACGUUCUUCUUCUUCUUCUUCCGCCUCCUCUUUGUCUUCCUCGUCGCCUUCUCCUCCUCCGCCGCCGCCGCCGCCUCGAUAUCCUUCCAUCAGAUUGCCCCGGGACUGCGACAUCUCCCAGGGCGAGUGGGUUCGGGAUCCAGACGCGCCGUACUACACGAACCUGACGUGCUUCACGAUCCAGGAGCACCAGAAUUGCAUGAAGUACGGGAGGCCAGACAUGGACUUCCUGAGAUGGAGGUGGAGGCCGGCGGCCUGCGAGCUGCCGCGCUUCGACGCCUCUUGGUUCCUCGAGCUUGUGAGAGGGAAGUCCCUGGCGUUCGUGGGCGACUCCUUGGCCAGAAACCACAUGCAGUCCUUGAUGUGCCUCUUGUCGAAGGUGGAGUAUCCGAAGGACAUCUCCAACACCACGGAUGAGAACUUCAAGCGCAUGUUCUACACCGCCUACAACUUCACCAUCUCAACCUUCUGGUCGCCGUUCCUGGUGAAAGCUCAGGAAGCAGACACAGACGGCCCCAACCAUACUGGCCUGUGGAACCUCUACCUCGACGAGGUCGACGACACCUGGGCGUCCCGAAUCCGCGAGUUCGACUACGUGAUCAUAUCCGAUGGCAACUGGUUCACUCGGCCAGCCAUGUUCUACGAGAAGGGAGUGAUCGUCGGCUGCCACUUCUGCCUGGUUGACAACGUCACCGACCUGACGCUGCGGUACUCCCACAGGAUGGCCUUCCGGACCGCUCUCCGCGCCAUCACCGAGCUCGAUGGCUUCGGGGGGAAGGUCUUCCUGAGAACGGUCUCGCCGUCGCACUUCGAGAACGGGGAGUGGAACAAGGGAGGGAAUUGCGUGAGGACGAGGCCGUUCCGGGGCAACGAGACGAGGCUGGAGGGAUUGGAUCUCGAGUUCUACGAGGCACAAGUGGAGGAGUUCAGGGAAGCCGAGAGUGUGGGGAGGGCAAAGGGAGUGGAGUUGAAGAUGUUGGACACCACGCGAGCGAUGCUGCUGAGGCCCGAUGGGCAUCCGAGUAGAUAUGGCCAUUGGGCGCAUGAGAACGUCACCCUGUACAACGACUGCGUGCACUGGUGCUUGCCUGGCCCCAUUGAUAUGUGGAACACCCUUCUGUUUCUGAUGUUAGGUGAGUAAAAGCUGCAGAGAUCUGCUUCCUGAAACCUUCAUGCAGACUCAACAAGGAGAUGGAGUUUUGGCUGAGCUCCACGGAACACAACCCCAAUCUCCAGCUGAAGUACCACAAGAAUGGAAGAGAUGAAAAGAAUACAAUCUGUAUGUUUCUUUUAGCCAGAGUUAUUCCAGUCAUUUCUUCUGACCCUUUUUGCUACUUUUUGGAGGUGAUCACAAGGACCUUUCUUCACUCAAUUGUGAAGAGAGAUAUCCAAUAACUGGAAACCCAUGAAAAAGAUCUGUGACUGGUUGUCGUCUUAUUGUAAUAUAAUAUGAGUGCACAAAGUCAUAUGAAGAAAUGAUGUGAUGCUUUGUUUUGAGGUGAAGACAAGAAAACCAUGGCAUUGUUGAGGGAAACAGCUAUCCACUUGACUUUUGACACAUAGAUUUCAAUCAUUUUCAGCUUCACCACCUUCCCAAUAAAUGAA